AUUUAUACAUUUUUUAUCAAUUCUUACUGUUAAGGUAAGUAAUAUCUUAAGAUCACAUUUGCUUGUUUUGUUUACAUGAGUGUUUAAUGAACCUUAGUUAAUAUAGUUUUUUUUUUGCUUGUACAUUAAAGGGUUAUACUAAGAUUUAUCAGAGCUUCUAUUACAAGUACACCGGGUACUUCUGUGCCCAAUUGCAGUAAUAAUAAUAAUAAUAAUAAUAAUAAUAAUAAUAAUAAUAAUAAUAAAAAUAUAAAUAAAGUGUAGAUCUCUCACAAUUUGGUGUAUGGUAUACAACACUAUUCAACAAAUGCAACUUGUUUAAUGUAAAGUGGCCAUGGUCAUUGAAUGGUCAGAUUAGUAGCCUCCAAUGUGGGUUUGAUUCCCUGUGGGUGUGCAGUUGGAUUUUUUAGAAGUGGUAAAUGUCACAGAAUUUGCUGUGGACCGACCAGCCCAUGGUUUAUCUCUGGGAACAUCAAUGCUUUUUUUAGUGCACCAUUCUUAUUACCUCUUAUCCAUGUCAUAUUGUACUCAAUGUCGAUAAGAUGUUAAGCCCUGAUUCAUUCAGUUCUGCACCACGUUUUUAGAUUGCUCUUUAUAAUUUAAUGUAAUAAUGUAAUGACUUUACUUUAUUAUACUUCACAAAAUAUUUAUAGGUGUUAAACUGUAAUUAGUUGAAGUUAUUCUUGAGAUAUGUUAUAAUUGUUGUGGUGUAAUUUAUGAUCCCAAUAAAACAAUGUUAAACAGUCUCUUAGACUUAAAAACAUAUAUUUAUUAAACAAUAAAAAACUUAAGUCAUUCAAUCACAUUGUGCUUUCUUGUGAAUUUAAUUGUUUAGAUUUAUUACACUCUUUUUACAGCCAUCAUGCAGUGUAGAAAACCAGCAUCACAAAUUAUUCUGGAGGGACAUCGCCCCAGAUGUUCCUCGUAUGGUAAUGAUCCAGUCUUAACAGAGCCAUGCUACGAGGAAAUUGUAGACCACAGGGACUACACCCUUAGCAUAGAUGACUCACAACCAAGUGUUAUACAUACUCAACCAACAACCCAGGAUGUGAGUGGCACCAGUGUAGGAGACACUCCACCUACAGCAAAGAAAUUCAAGGGAAAUGUAAAAAAAGUUGGUUCUUUGUCUCAAUCUGACCAAGCACUCCAGAGCAUUGUUAAAAUUCUGGAAACACCAACCUCCGCAACUCAAGGGUUUGCUACUUAUGUGUGUGGAGUUUUGGAUGGAUUGAAGGACAAAGUUAUUCGUAUCCAAACAAUGAAAAAAAUCUAUAAAGUUUUAGCACCCAAAGAAAAUUAUUACAGUAUAAAUGUUUUUUGAAUAAUAAUUUACCUAUCCUAUUUUUUUUUACUAACAUAUGUUAGAAUUUGUUCUAUACAGACUUUAAACAAAAUGUGAUUCAUUAAAUAUUACCUGGCUUAACCAUUUUAUAAAUUGAAGACUUGGUGUUCCUCAGACACACAUACACAAAAAUUAUAAUUUUCAUUUGACAUUCUAGAACAAACAGUUGUAGAAUCAAUAAAAGUUCUAGUUUAUACUAUUAAGAUCAUUGUAUAAUUUCUUCUUAAACAUGUGUGUACGAGAUGGUUGUCAUUGAAAAGAAGCUUAUCACGGGUUUUUGAAGAAUGGGAGCCUUUAGUUAGCUUCUUUAAAGAAGAAAUCAAGCAACAGAAGACUUCAGAUAAUGUUGACCUUUCUUCUUUUCUAAUACCAAAACGGAACAUCAAAAAGAAGACUGAAGAACAAGAACUUGCCAAUGGUAAGGUUAACUGUAAACCAUAUCUCACAAGAAAUACUCAAGAAGGCAGCACCAUUGUCAAGAAAGUUAAACUAGAAACUGGAACCAUUUCUAAAAUGACAGCUCAAGAAAACGGAACAAGUAAAUUGAAACCACUAUCAAGUUUAGGGCCGAAUUCCAGUAGCAAAAGAGAUGUCACCAAAUGUAAAACUGUUGUUCCCAAGAGUAUAAAGGCUGUAGGAAUGAAAAAUAGUAUCUUGAGCCGAGAAGAAAAUUUGUUUUUAAGCUGUAAUUUAAAUAAGGCAUUUUGUUUAUUUGUACUUCAUAUUAUUCCAGGCUUUGAGAAAAUCAACAUAUUACUUCAGAGGGCAGAACCACAAAUACAUAUUUUGAAAGAAUUGCUAGAAAGUUUACUGAAAGAUCUUUUAACAAAAUUUGUUAAACCAUCUGUUCUAAAGAGUGAUGUUUCAGCACAGAACCUGGAUUAUCAUUAUUUUCAAAAUCAGAAAAAUGAUGAGGAUUUGAUCAUUGAAAGUAAAACAUUUCAAUUGGUAAACACCCUUGAAGAGCACAAGAAGAGAGAGUUUUUUUUUGGUGUUAGGAAGUACCUAGUAGCAGCUUGCGAUUACAUUGUGAAUAAGUUUCCACUUUUAAUGAAGUGCUUAAACAUGCAGAGGUUGCCAGGUUAAGCACUAUUGAAAAAUCCAGCUUCACAUCAGUUCGGUACUUUGUAAAUAUGUUUCCCUUCAUUCUGCCCUUAAAGCCAGGUGAAUCAUUUGAUACGGCCAUGGAGGAUGAAGCUCAGCAGCAGUUUGCAAACUUGCAGGUAGAUGACCUCUCAAGCUUUGUAUCAGAAGAUGACAGCAUUGAUAAGAAAUGGUCCAAGUUAGCUGAAGUUUGUGGUGUGGAUGGGGUGCUAAAAUAUGAUAAAAUAGCAAGUGUUAUGUUGGCUGUUCUUGUUAUCCCUCACAGCAAUGCGGAAUGUGAGAGGAUAUUCAGUCUAAUUUAGGUCAUCUAUGUCUCACAAAUCAGUGGAAAGUCUGUGUGCACUGAAAUGCAAGGUUUCAAAAAUAGCUUGUUUUGAAGAAAAUUUUCAGUUGACUUUCUUAAAAAAAGCCAAGAAAACAACUGCAGCUUCACUUAACAACAGUGUUUCUACUUAAGGUGUGUUAAAUUAAUAACAAUUUUAUUGAAUAAUGGGACAGAUAUAAUUUAAACUAUUUGUUUUUUAAAUUUCAUUUGUGACUGUGUUGUAAAUAAUAUGUAGGAAAUAAAGAGAACCAGAAUUUUUACAUAGGACUUACCUUAAGAUACAAUUGCAGGGAAGGUAAGACCUAUUAUUGUGUUACUAUUUAAUCACUUUGCUUGCUUUACAUCUGGUUUUUAAUAUUUAUUGUAAAUAAGUUAAUUGGGUUUCGUUUAUAGUGUAAGGAAAUGGGUCUCAAUAGGAGAAAUGUGCUUGAAGUACAUCAACCAAUUGAGUGAAAAAUAAUCGCGUCCAGUUUACGCUAAAAUUUAUUAUAUUGUAAAGUUUUACUGGUGAGGAGUUUGGAAAGUUGGCAGGUAUGCACUAAUAUGUUUAUUAUCAAGAAAGUUCAAAGUAGGUUUCUUUUUUGCCCUCUAGUUGUUUAGUGGUGGUUAACAAACAAGACAGUUAAAACUCUAGACCUCUAGGCUUGAGUGAGUCAUAACAAAAUUAAUUGUUGAUAUUUAUUAAGUACUUCAGUUACUGUUUUGCUAUAUAAUAAGUGUUUACAUACAAUUGUCUCCCUUUGUAUUUUUUUAUCAAAGAAACAUUUAAUGCAGACUUAUGAAAAUUACAAUAGUUUAGAUUCUUAAUGUCACAAAUAAGCUGGUAAUAUUAGCUUGCAUGUAGGAGUCAGUUUCAUCUAAUAAAAAUUGGAAACAAUUUCAAGGAAUAUGGCUUGUCAUGUUAAUAAAUAGAAUUAAUAAUGAUAAAAACAAUGUAUUAGGGCAAAUUUUAAAUCAACAAACAAACCUGACUGAUACAACUAAAUUUCUAGGUCUAAUAGUUGACAAAAGUCUCACAUGAAAAGAGCACAUUGAACAAACAGUAAUGAAAUUAAGUAAAUCAUUUUAUGCACUUUGUACUGCAACAUGUUAUUUGUUUUGACAGAUUAAUUAUUAUUAUUUACAAUUUAUUUAUUGUUUGCUCUAUGUCUAAUAUGUUAUUUAUUUUCAGAAACGGUAAAUUAUUUUUAUGUAUAUCUAUGAGAAAGUGACUCUAUGGACUUAUUCGGACAAUUUGAAUUAUGUAUUGUUAAGACCCCUCUAAGGACUAAUUGAACUUUAAGACGGUAAACGGUAAAGUUAACGCCGUUAUUUUGUAAUAUAAAUUAUUAUUUUAAUAUUUCACGUGAAAUUUUGUAAUCCACGCUAUUGUUGCGUGCGGAUUUCACGUUUUAUUAAGUAUUUAAUGUAACUGAUUUUGGUUUUCGGCCAAUCACGGGCCGCCAUUUGAAAGUUAAGUUAACUGGCUUAAUUUAAGAAGCUAGAAAAGGGAGUUCUAUAAUGGCCAGCUAAGGAAGCUGAAGCUUGUGACGUCGACGGUAAUAAAUCCUACAAUUUAGCUAAUUAGCGGUAGGCAUCCCGAACCGAGGAUGAUUAAUUAUGUAAUCUAGGGAGUCUAGAACAUAAUUUAGGAUUUAUCUAAAAAAGAUAAAUGACCUAGGAGUGUAAAACGUGAGUAAUUAAAAGUGCCAAAAAUUUGUUUCCUCCACUUAUGCACAUCGUCACGUAACUCUCGUUUUCCAUCACAUCGCCGUCAAAAACUAUUGUAAACAUUGAUAUUGUGAAGUAAUUUGACAUUAUCUACAAUAUAAACAAUAUUUUGAUACAAAUUCAAUUUUUUAUACACACUAUUUCAUCAACUCAGAGGUCCUACAGAUUGAGAGACUCUGAGCUCUACCGACUAUAUUUCAAACCUUACUAGCCGAGGAAAUUAAUUAAGAUCCCUGAAAACAUAUAAUAAAACUGUGUAUUUUCGACGACCCCAAAUAAAGACUUUUGUUUAAGAAUUAAAUGUGCGCAUCAUAACUCCUGAUGGUUGGAAUUCAUGUGUGAUCUGUGAUGCCAAGUACCAGUUAGGUUUUUAAUAUAAUUAGUAACUAAAUAAAUAUAAUUAAUAAGGGUAAAUUUGGAACUCAUUUUUCGUCUCAAUAAAUAACUAUAUAUUUUAUUUAUGAGUGUUGUGUUAUGUCAUUUCUAAUUUCAUUUGCCCUAGUGUAUGUCUAUGGAUAUUUGUACCUUUAUUUAAUUAAUACCUAACUGUGGCCUACAGAAAAUCAUCACAUACCAUUGGAGAGCUACAUAAAUAAUAUCGAUUUUUCACAGUUCAACACAGCCCAACGUGUUAUGUAUUUUAGUCUCCAUAGAGGUGGGGCCUACAUACUGCACAGAUCUAUUUGAAGGCCUACACAAGUAUAUCAUUUUAAGCAGUACAUUAGAUAAGGAAUCCUUACGUACUGCGUAUUUUAUUUAUUUCACUCUAGUAUGACUUAUGGGAUUGAAGUGUGGGGAAAUAGAAGUUUCAGUGUGAAAAUCUUCAGAUAGCAAAAAAAGGCUAUUCAAAUUAUUUGUAAUAAGAAACCAAAUUCCACCUGUUAACAAUGUUUUCGUCAACUAAAACUUUUAUCUUAUUACUCUGAAUAUGGAACACUUUAGAGAAACCAAUGCUAUUGAUCAUUAUGAAACAAGGAAUCAAUAUAAACUUAAACCUAAGUGCCAUAAAACUACACUAUUUGCAAAGGGAAUUCAACAUAAAGGAAUUACACUCUUUGAUAAGUUACCUAAAACCAUACUACUUUUAAAUAAUCAUAUUAAAUUUAAGAAAGAACUUAGAAAUUUUAUAAUUAUUAAAAACAGGCCUUCUGAUAUUAUCGUAUUCAUGUGUAUUUUGUUUUGUUAAACAGAUAUACAAGAAAUUUAAAAUAUAAGAAACUUUUUUCUGUAAUUUUAAUUAGUAUUUCAUAUUUGCCAACUUGUACGAUUUUCCCGUAAUUUGUACGGAAAAUAAUUCAUAUUACGAUUGUACGGAAAUUCGGAACAUCUUACGAUUUUUGUCUGUUCAAAAAUGCAGUAUAAUAUUUUAGUGCCCAUAUAAAUGUACCGUUUGAGCAGCAUUUGUUAUUGUUUAACAUAAUAUGAGAAUAAUGGAGUCAGAGAAAAAUUGUUCCGAAAAGAAAGUAAUUUUUGUAAGUUCGUUGGUACACAGCAGGCUGGAUGGAAACUGAUCUUGCUAAUCUUUUGUGCGGAAGUCAUGAAAGUAAUUUUUUUGAAAUUUGUUGGUACACAGUAGGUUGGCUGGAGACGAGUGAUAACGACUUAACCGUUUAUGUACGAGUGCUGUAAAUAUUUUAUAAGUUAGCGCUUGUACGAAACGUAAGAUAAUAUGAUUUCAUAAUGGCUACGAGUAGUAAAAAACAAUAUGGACAGGUGUUUCGGUCAUCUUACUCAGAAUUAUUUCCUUUCAUUACUAAGAGUGAAAAAGGCUCUAAUUUUGCGUUUUGUAGUAUUUGUCGUUGCAACAUUAAUGUUUCCCAUGGCUGCAAGCACGAUAUUAUAUUUCUGAAACUAGAUUGGUCAAUUACUUUGAUAUUGCCUUAUAAAACACUUGUAAUUAAUUUUCUUGGCAAAUAAUUAUGUACUAAAUCUAAACAAGCGUAAUUCGGUCCUAUUGCAUCUCUGCAUGUUUAUUUCUAAAAGUUACACUCUGUAAAUACUUAACCUUCUUUAAGCUUUCAAUUGCAAAGAAAGGCUAAUAUUCUUGUUAAGGAGCCUGAUAUUAUCUGGUUUGUACCAUGUUAACCAUAUUAAAUAUAUUGCCAGAAUUGAAUCACUUUCGUGAGCAUUUUGUUUGGUUUUAAGUUACCAUGCGCAUGUAUAAAACGUACCUAUAUUUUAAAAACAUACAGGCCUCUAACCCAGGUGUGAAUACAUUUAAUUACACUUUUGACACAUAGGUCAGGAAGGUUCUGUUAUGAAAUUAAUCUAGUGUUCAUGUUCGUUACUAAAUUUUUUUUCUCUUGUAGGCCUGACUAAAUCCUACAUUGGGGUCAUUCCAUGUCAAAUCAACACACUUUUAAUAAAAUUUUUACCUCACCAUCUCAGAUUUUGAUGAAAUUUUGCACAGAUGUUACCUCCAUACAGACUAACAAAAAUAUAAAAUUUUAGAAUGAUAUAUCCAUCCGUUUUGAAAAUAUUGCUUUGUAAAUUUUCAAAAAAACACUCAAAAAUGCAUAACAGGCAUAGUUUAAAAUUACAAUAACUCUUCUCCAAAUUAAGUUAGAAAGGUGAGACAGGUGUCAUUUUGAAGCAUUUGGUAUGGCCUUCCAUGUGAUAUGUAACACAAUAAUGCCUAGGAAAAAAAAAUUUCAAAAAAUUCUAUAAAAUGUUUUGUACUAAUAUUAGUCUACAAAGUUUCAAAGUGGAGAGUUAAUGGGUUCGUAGUAAAGUUAAUUAGUAUUUGUAAUCAUAUAUAUACUUUACUUUACCCAAUUAUGAUAUUUAACCAUUUUUAUAAUUAUAAUAAGUUAUGUUGAAAGUAUAAACACAUAAAAUUGAUUAAAAAUCACUAAUAACACAAUUGUAAUUAAUUCUAGUGCUAUACUUUGCUUGUCUCUGAUACAUUAUUUCAAAGAUUAGUUCAGACAAGCACCCAGCUACUGGGGAUUCCCCUCAAUUUGCUUUGGGAUUUCCCUAGCUUUGGGAUUCCCCUUACUUUGGGAUUCUCCUUGCAUUGCCUUGGGAUUCCCUUAGCUCUGUGAUACCCUUGCUUUGCCCUGGGAUUACCCCCUAGCUCUUACAGAAUACUGUACAGUAGUGGUUUCAGCUAGUUUAUGCUAGGAGUCGGUAUUGUUCUGAUGUAGUAUCAAAGUUGUUAGUUAGGAGAAGUAUUAGUGCUACACCUAUAUAAAAAGUGACCAUUUGAUCUAUAUUAUUAGUGGAGUUUAUGCAUUCUGAAUUGAGAAUGUUGAUAUUUAUUUUUAAAAAGGUAAUGUGUUCAUCAUGAUAGUGACUGAUGUUACCAUGUUGGUAACUGCCUCAACCGUGUGUUAUUACAUGCUGGUCAUAAUAUUUAAUUGUUUGAUAUUUAUUUAAUUUCUUUUUAUAUUUAAUUUAUUUUAUUUUUGGUACUUAAUUGGUAAAUUUAAUAAUUCCUUGAACUAUUCUGAAAUUGCACUGUCGAGCUAGCAAGUGUUAAGUUGGUACACUAAACUGCACGCUUUCGGUAAUGUUCGGGCCGAGCCGAAGAUUUCCGAGUGGAAUGCUCCGAGUGAAGGCCGCGAGGAACAGGACUGCUCGAUUUGACGCCGGAGUGGACGGACCGCAAGGGGCGGCUGCCUACGCUGAACGAGUGUGGAGGUUUCGCCAGUCAGGGCGCGUUGGAGAGACGCGAGGCGAUGGACAUCGCUGGUGCCCCGGGGUGGUUAAGUGCCACGGCAGCGGCGGACGUGCUGCAACUCUGAAAGUAAGACUAGAGACCCUUAUUUAUUUUCUGGUGAUGGUUCGCCUGCACGGAAGGUGGAAAAAGAAAAUUACAAUUUGACUUAUUGCUACGUGAAACGAUCGUGACUGCGACUAACGUCAUGUGCUAACGUGAUUAAUACUAUCAACAAAUUAUAAUUACUUCUGAAUAAACGUGCUCGGUAUAGCUCGAUAUAUUGGUGCAAUAACAAUGUGGAAAAUACAGUUUGGUAAAAAUUGCCGUAUAGACUUUUUGUUAGAACUUUCAUAAUAAUAGUUCCUUUUUUUUAGUAAAUCCAUGUGCAUGGUGCUGUUGCUAUUAUAUACCCUGUAUCACUUAUUAAUUUUUCAUGUCAGUGCUAAAUAUAUAUUAUUAUUGUACGGCGUCAUCACUCGCGGUGAUAGUAUUGCAUUAAAUUCAUACACCGUACGUCUGUAUGAGCCUUACUUUACUUGUGGAGCCCCAUCGACCCUCUUCUAUUUGUUGCUUAUAGAAUAAUUUUUUAUUGAAUCCCAUACACACAUGAUGGGGAAAGGGUACAUAUAAGACAUUUUUCUCUUUUUCUUUUGCUUCCCUGUGGCGGUGUGUGUGGAAGGUUUUUCGUACACCCCGGUAGCGAUCAAGGUCAUUGAGAUUGCUGAAGGCAGGGGUUGCACUGAAACCCUAUGAAAAGGUGGGCAGUUUACGGUAAGAAAUGGCCCUCAGUGAAUCAUUUUUGAAGUUACAGUGUUUUAAUCCAUUAAAAAAAAGAAACCACAACAUUAGGGAAAAAAGAAAAUUAAGGAAUGUUACUAGUUGGAUGUGCAGUUUGUUUUCUGGAUUGCCAAAGGGAGCAAAAAUUUGUGAUAGCUGUGGAAUAUAAAUUACAACAUUACAAACUGCUGCUGCUUCUUCUUCUUCUACUCACCAGGAUAACGAAUCAAGUUCAGAUUCUGAUAAAGAUCCCAGUUUUUCUGCAUCCUCAGAGGUGAUUGGUUCAUUAAAUAUUUCACUACAAGGGCUAGGAGAAUCUCCUAUUAAUAGGAAAAAAAUUAAAAUCAAAAAGUUAUUCAACCAGAAAAAUUAAAACAAUUGACUCUACAAUCAAAAGGAAACUUUUUGAGUUGCCAGAUAAUUUCUCUGAGGAUGAUGAUGAAGAUUUAGAGGAAUCAGUUUUGCAAAACCUCAAAGGCAAUUUCUUGAGUUCUACUAGUAGGAGCAAGAAGUUAAUGAAAUUAACCUAUUUUCCACCAAAUCGGGGAGUUAGAAAAAUAAUGUGAUAGUUUGAUGCGCCAAACUACAUGGUACGACAAUCAAAAAAACUCUUGGCUAAAAAAGGAAUGUUAGAAAGUCUUAACUCCAAACCAGGCAAACACCUCUCAGAAGAUGUAGUUGAAGCUGUCCAUUUAUUUUAUGAAAAUGAUGAAGUCAGUAGAGCGAUGCCUGGUGUUAAAGACUGCAUAACAGUCAGUGAACCUAAUAAAAAUAAAUCAAAAAUAUCAAAAAGACUUAAUUUGUGCAAUAGUCCAGUCAAUGAAAAGUUGUAGAGGGAAAUGAAAGGAACACAAUUUUUUACUUCGGGACUUUGUUUGGACUAGUAAGGAGGUAAACAUACUAAAAGUCCCAACUUCUGGGUGGUGAGCGGGAGGGAGGGGGGCAUGUAGAAGGUCCCUUUUUUCGGUUUUUCUCUUAUAUCUCGGAAACUAUACGCUCUAGUGAAAAGACCAAUCUAUACUAAAAUAAAGCUGAGAAAAUUUUCCACAAAAUUUAUUAGUUUCAAUUUUUCUCUAUCUCGCAUAGUUUAUGAGAUAUUUGCGUUCAAAUAUGCUAAUUUUUAGGGGGGAAAUGUUUUUUCUUACGUUUUUUGCCCUAUUUGACUAGAUAACCUUUUAUCCGUUCGUCGUACGUAAAGGUCAUGCAGAAAGAAAAUUGUAGAUAGUUAAAUUUUCUUUAAGAAAAACAAAACAUUUUUAUUUUAUCUUCAAUCAUUGUAAUCUGUGCAAAAUUUCAUCAAAACCUGAGAUGGUGAGGUAAAAUGGGUGUGUUGAUUUGACAUGACCCAUUGUUACCAUUAAAACCAAUUUUAUCACGACUGGGUUUACAGUUUCACACCCCCCCCCCCCCCCCUUCUGUAGUUUUAUACACAGUUCAACAUUAAUUACAUAUCACCUCAAAAUGCUGAAUUACAUGGUACACAAAUAGGCCAAAAUUGCAUUUUAUAAUAGAUUCUCACUUAUACAAUGGGCCUUAAAUGUUGGCCAGUGCAUAAAGCUGGCUUCGUAAGGAGGUGGGACGGAGAGUUUCACCACAAACUACGUGGCGUUCCUACAGACCAUGACGUCUUUCUGCACACUGCAAGCCCGACCAAACCCCUGCUUGGCGCAGUAGCAGUGUAGCCAUACAGACUGUACAUAAACAUUUUGAGAAGCGAGAACAUGUUUAUACUUUACAAACUACUCAGUGAAAUUGCACUGUUGCUCUGCAUUGCCUGUCGCCACUUCUCAGAAUUUUUUUUUUGCAGAAUAAGAAGUAUGUUGAAGGUUGGGAUAUAAUGUAGGCUAACAGAGACACAUAAUCAACACUGUUAAUAUUUGUUGAACUAUUCAGAUUUUUAAUCAGAAUAUAGAUAACUAAAGCAGAAUAAUUAAAUAUAGCAGUUUUUGCCUAAGUCAUGAGCAUACAUUUAGCCAGACGGAUCAAUAAUUCUGUGUACUCUGUUUUGCAAAAAUCUGGCUUCUGGGAGCCCUAGUAGAUCAAGCUGUAAAAACGACUGUCCAAAAGUUGGCAAAAACAGUUAACCAUGAUCACUCUGAUUUUUGAUAUGAAACCUAUUUCAAUGAAUGAAUUAAUGAAUGUCCCAUUUAUGUGCCAUACUUUCUGAAAAAAGGAAAGGGGAAAUUGAAUUUGCUGUAAAUAAAAAAUGUAUCUUCAGACAUGUUAUACCAAUAUAUUUAAAUUUCAUUUCAAGAUCAUAAAUUAAAAAGUUAACUGUUCACAAGACACAAAACCUAAACCCAUGUUUACUGGUGCCAAUAAAAUCUGCAAAUAUAGUUGUCUUGUUUUCCUAUAUUUACAAAAUUAAUGUUAAAAUUAUAUUUCAACAAUCAAAAACAACACUGUUACAACAAACUUAUGCUGUAUCAAGGGCGUCACCAGGGGGUGGGGCAGUUGCCCCCUCCUAGAGCCCUAGAGAUUCAAAAAAAAGUAGCCAAAUGCAAAAAAAAAUACAUACUUUUCCCACAACUUGCCCUCCCUCCCUAGGCCAUUGGCUGGCAACGCCUUUGUGCUGUAUAAUAGUGUAAAGAUGUACCAAGGUAAUUUUUCCAGUUGUUACGGUUUCACCCACUCAUUUUUGUCGUGCUGUAGUGCCAUAACUGUCACAGGGUAUACUGAAAGCUCCAAAGUCAGGGUUGACCUACUUGGGCCAGAUUAUUUUCAAUUGCAGAAUAUAUUUCACGCAAAGGUAACCUGAAUAGGCUAUUUAUGUGUAUUACUAGUUUACUUGAUUCAACCAACAUAAUUUACUCUACUAAUUAGUUUAUUACAUCUGCCAGAUCAUUUCAGAGUACAAUUUUUUACAAAUAUAUUGGACAAGUGAAUUUUAUAAAUUAAAUAUCAUGAUGAGAAAAAAUCAACCAAUAUAAUAUAAAUAAAUGUUUAAACUCUUCAGCGGCGAGAAGAAGAAAAGUUUUCUAGUCUAUUGCGAGUGGUAAUACAGUUCACUCAAUGCAAUGAGUAAUUGUGUUGUAUUUACUCAAUGAAUUAUUAGGGACAGUAGUAAAGAGUCAGGUAGGAAAAAAAUUAUGAAAGGUGUAACAAAAAUGAUUAUCAUCACCAAAUUAUAGCAUACAUGAACACCAUCAAAUGAAAUACAUACAUAACAAAUGAUCACAAGUCUGUAUACCCUUACAAUGCAGAGGUAAAAAUAUUACAUAGUCUACCUACUUAAGCAUUUAGCUGAAUGUUGUAAAGUGCAGUAAUACAUGAAACAUUUUAAUAACACAAUAAUUCAAGAAAACACCCUCAACAAUAACAUAUUACUAUUACUGGACACCACACUCAUCAUUGAAGUUAUAGAAUGUUAUGUAAUAAAGAAUUUUAUAAAUAAGACCAGUCUUCUUAUACUUUGUACACUGUUAUUAAUGUGUAUGAAAUCCCUUAUUCUAUCAUACAUUUAUCAAUAGCCACAUAGGUAGUUCAUGCAAGUAUGUUUCAUUAUCACUAGUGUUUGGCACAGGGUUAUAAUCAAUUAAUCCAAAAAUAUCUAUUCAUAAUACAUCCAUCAGAAAAGAGAUCAUCACAAUGCUGGGGCAGCAUGUAUUAGCAAUAUAAAAAUACAGCAGAGGGACUAACUGGUUCACACAACUAAACAACCAAAGAAAACAAGUGAAGUAAUUAACCAUAGCCUUAUGCAACUAUUUCACCAAAUAACCUAACUGAUCCAGGAAAUCAUUGAAAAGUGAAAUCAAGUUGACCAUUAUAUUAAAUGUGUACUCUACAUCAUGAAUCCUACAUAUAACCUUGAGCCAACCCACUCAGUAAACCUACAAAGAUGACUGAAAAUAUAUUUGCUACACAAAGUCAUGGACUGGUUGUCACUGAUGUUUCAGGAUCUUUAUUUUACGCAAGUCUGCGUUCCGUUUGUAAAAUUUCCCGAAUUCUCUGUUUUUUCUCGUGCACCACCACCGUAUGCAAACAAGCAUUACCGAGGUCAAAAUUGCACUUCUGACAUUUUCAUGAUGUAGAGGACAUACAGACACCAACCAAUCCUAAUCAAAGUUCUUCAAUACAAACAAGAGAGUGUACUGCACACAACUCUUGUGUGCAACCUGUGGAAUGACUUUCUCUAGAACUUCCACAAUACUCCCAACACAGUGUAUCAUUGCUUCUGAUGGGUAUGUCAACCCAGAAUUUCUUUCAGAAAACUCUUUAAAAAUAAUACCAUUGUGGACAUCUACAUUUGAACUAGAACUUCCACAAUACUCCCAACACAGUGUAUCAUUGCUUCUGAUGGGUAUGUCAACCCAUAAUUUCUUUCAGAAAACUCUUUAAAAAUAAUACCAUUGUGGACAUCUACAUUUGGGUUUGUUGCCAACAAUGCUAAUUUACAAUUCGAACAUGUAGUACCAAUAACAAUUCUCCUGGCAAUACUCCCACAGACAUACGCCAGAGAAAAAAUACCUGUGCCCAAAUCAGAAAAGCUUGUGUCUUCUGCUGCAACAAAGGUUGGUUGCAAGUUGUUUGAGGCAGAUUCAAUUGUAGGGCUGGCAACAAAGUUUUGCAAGUUGUCGAGUAACUCAACUGUGCCACUUUCUUCUUCACAAUUGGACCUUUUAAUAUCAACAAAUGCUAGUCCAUUUACCAUUGCUGUUUUAAGGGCAGCAACAAACUGGGGCACAGUUGGGUUAACGUUAGUCCCACAAUGGGCACGGAUUGACCCAAACAAGUGCUCAAUUGGAUCCUGAUUAAGGCUUCUUGUACUCACAUAUGACACUUCCAAUUCCUUCAGUUUUUUCCACAACAACUUCAUUCCUUGUAGUGUUAUGAUCCAUCCACUCAAGCAUAGAGGACGGAAAUAUUUUACACCCUUAACACUAUAACCUACCUCUUCUUGAACUGAUGUAGGGCUACCAGAUUCCACUUUCCACUGCUUCAUUUCAAUUAUAGCUUCAUCCCAAAACUUUAAGUGCAGAGCCUCUCUCUUUUCGAAUCUGGCACCGGAUCCCAUCAGCACCUUGUGGACGAACUGUAGCACCAUUCACGCUAUCAAACAAUUUGUUGCAGAAAUGAACAAAUUGGGCUGUUCCAAGUGCACUUGAAUCCAAUGAACCUACAGAAAAAAAAAAAUAUCCACGACAUGUAUCUUUGGCAAAAAUUUUAAAUGGUACUUCUCAAAUUUACUGGUCAUAAAGUAAAUUUGAAUUCAUUUAAAGGCAUUUCAUUACCAGAGUUGUAAACACCUAUAGGUACUGUACAUCUAUCUUGAUUUGCAUCCUACAUAAAAACAACUUUAGUAGGCCUAUCUGAGAUUGGUCACCUAUCAGCUAGUGUAUAAUUGCCUAUCCUGAAUUCAUGUAGGGCUCAGAUAUACUUAUUUCAUAUGGGGUGUCAUCUGUUGGUUCGUGAUUCUGAUUUUUGUCAGAUGUAAUUAAUGUACUAUACAUACAAGUAUCCCAGCUCCUAUGUGUGUUAGUUUGGGGAAUUUAGUGUAGCCUAUAUAUCAAUGUAAACUUUAAGUACAAUACCAUAGGCUAUUUCUCAUAUAGGUACAAAUUAAAAAAAAAAUCAUGCUCUCUUAAGGAUUAUUUAUUUUAGAAAAAAUUGCAGUUUUAGAAUGCACAGGAGCUUGAGCACAAACUAAUUUUGCCAGCACAUGUCACUUAGUAUAGGCUUUCAAUGAUUAUUACUAAGCUUCAAAAUACUCAUGAAUGGAUCAUUCAUGAGUAUCAAAAUUUGCAACAGUUUUGAGGCAUUUCUAGUGCCAAAAUAUUGUUUUAGGGAAAUAUUGGUCCCAAAAACAUUUUCUGUGCCACUGAGGUUAUAAUAUGUGAUGUGUAAUACAGAUUUUAACAGGUCCUGACAAUUAAAUCGGAUAAAAAAUUUUGUAAAUUUGAAAUAACAUAGCCUAGGCCUAUAACUCAUUCACAAUAAAUGUAACUACAAUAAGUAAUUCGUUUUCAGCCAAUCAAGUAGUAACUUAAAUUAAGUACUGUAACUGUUGAACAAUACACAGUAACAGACUCAGAAUCAUAAAAUGGUUAUCUUUAAAAUGUUACGUUUAUCUUGUAUCAUAUGACUACAGACUUACCACUUGACACAAAGCAGUUGAUUGCUCCUGCAACAGCAUGGCUCAAAAUCUGAGCUGCAAGUGACACUUUCAUGGCUAGUCUUCCUUUGGGUUCCAGGUGAUUAUCUGUCAGCUUGUACAUCAUUCUGAAAAUCCCCUGUGACAGAUCAAUGGUAUAUGCAUCAAGGAUAACCAACCAUGAAGCUUACAGUCCACACUAUUACCCCCAAUGUUCAUCUUCAAUACUACAAUAUGCUUUAAUAACAUAUUUCUUAAGCACUUAAGAAGGUGUAGGGGGGUCAAACAAAGUUAUUAUAAUAGUAUCCUUAAACUGGAAAAAGGCUUCUCUUCUGAUGCACCUAGCAGUCUCAGUGCUCGUGUAUUGUUUGACCCCAUGUCACAGACGGUUGCAACAAUGUUCAAACCAUUUUUCUGACACUCUUCCAGAACAGACUGCAAAAUAUUUACCAGCUUAUCCAAAAUUAAAUUUCCUGUUUUAAAGUACAAAGCUAAUGGUUGUUUCCAAUUCUUGUACAGGCCUUUGGCCAUAAAAACAAAAGCAUGGUUUGCUACUUUACUUGUUCUGCCCAAAUGACCGAGAUCUUCAAAACCCAAAAUACAAUCAUGUCUGCUGCUAUAUUCGAAUGCUGGUGAAGAGACAUCUCAUCAAACAUGAGCACACAUGUUCUGUCAAUUUCUUCCAUGCUCGACACACACUUCUUAAGUGAGUCAAAUAUGUGACCAUUUAUCCCUGAUUCAAACUGAAUUUUGGCCAUCAUGUUAACCAGAGUUUUCUUGCUCGGUAGUGCAAACAUCGAUCUCAAUAAAGAAUAACACUUGGGUGAUCUUUUAUGAAGAGCCAACACCAUAACUUUGUCAGAUAGUUGCCAUCGUCUGCCUUUGGGUCUUUUCUUGCAACAAAAAAUUUGAGAGGCCGGAAAGCUUGCAGAGGAUUCGGACAUGGAUUUGGAAAGGUGAUUAACCAUAGCUACAACAUCACUGCCUGGUGUGCACAGUUUACUCAAACUCACAUUUUGUUCACUACACUUUUUUUUAACCGCCUGACACUAACUGUAUCAAUUUUUUUUUCCUAGGAGUUAUAUCAGUGUCUGGAGAACAUUCCAACAGCUACAUUAUCUUGCUACUGCGCCUUACCUUUGUUUUCCCUGCAUGCCUAGUUUUACUGAUUGCAGGGUUCCCACAGACCUGGAAAGUCAGGGAAAGUCAUUGAAAGUCAGUGAAAAUAAAAUUGGUCAGGGAAAGUCAGGGAAAUAUGUUUUGGAACCCGGUGAGUCAGGGAAAAUUGUGCUGAGAUAGCAGAAAGUCAGUGAAUAUGUCCUGGGUAUGACGUUAAACUGCCCCUCCACAGCUUUCACUUCUUUUAUGCUGUGGAGGCUUCUUUCUUUGUUCAGCUUUUAGUUUUUCUAUUCUCUUUCUUCUUUUUUUUUAUCUUGGAAUAUAAUUUAUAAUUAAUGGCAUUCUUAAUGGGCAGCAAUUUUGUGUAUGUGUGUUGUGUUUAAUAACUUUUUUUCCAGGUUGACUGAAGAUAAUGUGUAAAAACUUUAUCUUAUUUACUUCAGGGUUACUAAUUGUUUCUUUUCCAUUUUUUUCAGUAUCCAGUGAGCUUUUAUAAAUAGUGUAACAUGACCUCAAAAAGAACAGUCUUUAAUGAACUAUGGCUUGACUCUAAGCAGAGUCCUGAGUUUGUGGGAUGGUUAUGUAAAGGUCCAGAUAUUUUUCAUGCUUACUGCAGAGCUUGUAAGAAGUCCUUUGAAUUGGGUAACAUGGGUCGUCAAGCUGUGAUCUCACAUGCUAAAGGAAAGAAGCACACGAACUUAACAAAAUGUGUGAAUUCCCAGACAUCAGUGAAGACCUUUUUUUAUAGUCGUGAAGUGAAUAUAUCAUCCUCCUCAAAUGUAGCGAACACAGAUACAAGUGUUGGAAGUAAAACUACAGACAUUUCAGAAGAGUGUACUAAGUUGGACAGUAGUGACCCUCAAGUCUUCUAUAUUUGAAAUUAAAACUGUAUCCAUACCUGCUUGUUCGGUGUCAGUAGACUCGUUCUGCUUGAAAGAUGAUGUUUUAAGAGCCGAGGUUUAAUGGGCUUUGAAAGUUGUGAAUACCCAAAAUAUGUCAUUGCAUUCAACCGCAGAUUUAGGUGAAAUAUUUCGUUCAAUGUUCCCAGACAGUGGGAUUGCCUCAAAAUUCUCAAUGGGUGAAACUAAAUGUUCUUAUGUUAUUAAUCAUGGACUUGCACCAUAUUUUGAUCAGCUGUUGAAGGAACGUUUAAGUGAAUGCAAAGAUUAUGUUGUUUCCUUUGAUGAAUCUAUAAAUAAAAUAGUUCAGAGAGGACAAAUGGACUUGUUCGUAAGAUAUUUUGAUGUCAAUCGAAAUAAGGUUUGUACACAGUACUAUAAUAGUGUAUUCCUAGGAAAUGCCUCAGCAGAAAACCUUCUCCACAGUUUUACAUCUGGCAUUCAACCUAUGUCACUAAACAAAAUCUUGAGUAUUUCAAUGGAUGGGCCCAACGUAAACUUGAGUUUCCUUAAGAAACUUGAUGAGAAGAUAAGAGAAGAAUCGGAACCAGAUGGCAAGAUUCUUGUGAACACUGGUGUUUGUGGUCUCUAUGUUGUAAAUGGUGCAAUAAGAACAGGACUUAAUUCUGUUGGUUGGGAUGUCCCUACUUUUCUGCGCGAUAUCUAUUUUAUCUUUAAUGAAUCACCUGCGAGGCGUGCAGAUUUCACUUCUGUCACUGGAAGAAAAGAGUUUCCUCGAAAGUACUGUACUACUAGGUGGUUGGAGAAUGUUCCAUUUUUAGAAAGAGCUUUACUUCUGUUUGAUGAUGUUAAGAAAUUUAUCGAAAACACAAAGGCUGUAAAAACCAAGACAUUACUCAAUGUUAGAGACCAAUCUAAAGACAAGUUCAUGAAGUGUAAACUUUCUUUUUUCAAGUCAUUAUCAAAUGACUGUGAACCUUUCCUGAAGAAAUAUCAAACAGCAAGUCCACUCGCUCCAUACUUGUCCUCAGACUUGAAAAACUUGAUUGAAACUUUGAUGCAACGAUUUGUCAAGUCAAACAAGAUGCCUGCUACAGUCAAGAAACUUCUUGCUGUUGAUUUACACUGUGCGGAGAAUUUACGUGAACUCAAAAACAUUGAUCUGGGAUUUCAGACUAAGAAACUUCUUAGAGAGGUGGUUUCAACUGAUCGCGAAGUUCUUGAAUUCAAGAAAGAUUGCCAAAAAAUACUAACAAGAAUGACAGAGAAGAUACGUGAACGGAGUCCCUUAAAAUAUCCAGUAGUUCAGGGGUUGUCCUCAUUGGACCCAAAAAUUAUUCAUAAACAGCCAGAGCAAGGAAAAAUUAGAUUUGAUAUCCUCUUAGAUGUUCUGUAUUCACAUAAUAGAAUAACGGAAACUGUUGCACAAAGAGCAAAGACUCAGUACUCUGGCAUUUGUGAUGCACAGUGUGGUCUACAGAAAAAGUUUUGUGAAUUCCUAGAAGAAAAUAAUGUAGAGUCUUCUCAGUGCUUAGAUGAAUUUUAUUCUUCAAUUUUACUUGAAUACCAAGAACUGUGGGAAGUUGUGAAAUUGUGCCUUAUAUUUUCACAUGGCAAUGCAACAGUUGAGAGUGGUUUUUCGAUCAACAAAAGCUUGUUGGUUGAAAAUCUACAGGAAGAAAGUGUCAUAGCUCAAAGAAAAGUUUAUGAUGGCAUAAAAUAUUACGAGACCAUACACAAGGUCCCGCUAACACAAAAGAUGUUGUCUUAUGUCAGAAAUUCUCGAAGACGGUAUAGUGAGCAUCUAGACAAUGCAAAGCGAAACAAGAAAGAAGAAGGUGGAACCAUACAAAAGCGGCAACUCCAAAAUGAAAUAAAGAAACUAGAAAAAAGAAGAAAGAUUUUAAGGUUAGAAAAACAGCAUGAAGAAGAAACCAUUUCAGCACAGAUUAAUUUGUUACACAAAAAGAUAUUGGACUGAAGCAGCAUAUGAUGGUUAACCAUUGGCAAAUGCAAUAUUUUUGUUUUUAAUUCAAAUAGGUUUUUGUUCUGGGAAAGAUUUGUAAAUUGUAUCACUUGGUAAUAUUAUACUUGUCAUAUGUUUAUUUAAAUUUUAUGGUACUGUUAUCAUGAUAAUGUUAUUUUUUAGUUUGUAUUCUCGUUCAAUAAUCUCAAUUUUUAAAAUGCUUAUACCAACAUUUCUAAUUUUUUUGAGUUCAAAAAUUUAUAAUAAAAAAUUAAAAUAUAUAUAUAUAUUGUUAAACAGGAGCGUGAUGGGCAGCUAUGGGGAUGGUGGAGGCUGUAAAAAAGAGUACAUUAGAUAAAGUGUUGGUAUAAGCAUGUUAAUUAUGGUCAGGGAAUUUUGUAAGAAGUGGUCAGGGAAAGUCAGGGAAAUUGACUUUCAUAUUUCUGUGGGAACCCUGGAUUGUGACUGGUCUUGCAAAAACUUCAUCUGAAUUCACACCACUAAAAAGACUUACAGGUUUAAACUUAGAUUUAGGCCUAGAUGAAACCAUCUCACAUGUGUUCACAUUAAAAACUGGUGAAAUGUUUUCACAGUUUGUUCUUGACUGUGGUGUAAGACUGCUACAGGAACUACAAUUUUGAACUGCAUAGUGGGAGGAUGAGUGAUCACCCACACUUUCACUUAAAUGUACAGCAGAUGCUUCAAUGCAUGAUGAAACACUUGCAGUUCCCAAAAACUUAACAUAUGAGUGGUCACUGGUAACAUUGAACCAGGUGGGGCAAUAGUCACCCACCUGACUGCCUCGGACGUCACAAGACACAAUUAAUACAAGACAAAGGAGAUAAAUAAAUAAAUAAAUAUAGCAGAAAUCUCUUUGUAUAAUCUGAACAACAUCAUUAAUUAGUACAUUCGUUAACACUGAAAAAUACUGAAUACAUCAUUAAUACUGAAAUGGCACAUUCCUAUAAGAAAAGAGUGCUUUACAUAACAUAAAACACGCAAGUAUAACAGAUUGUAAAGUCAACAAUAAUUUAACAUUUAAAAAAAAAAAAAAGACAAAUUAUAAUUACGAGUCGCCCCUGUGUACCUGGUAAGGCGUGGUAACAAUCCAAUAAAAACACGAGAUGAUGAAUCAAAAGGGGCAGAAGGCCUGAAUCAUGCUGCCAAGCAAGUGGCCAGACAUCAGAAUUAAUCAACGCACAUUCGGCCGCAGGGCGAAAGGCGCAAAACAAAUGGGCAUGACGAGCAAAUACGCCUUACCAGACACAGGGGCGACGAGAACCAGCGGGUUGAUUACGAGCACAUACUUUGCGUUAUAAGUUGCGAUAAAUAACGAAGGUUUGCGAAGAAUAUCGCAGGAACCAGCAACGUGAUUACGAACACAUCCUUUUUCGUUAAACUUCGAAUAUUGAUGACGUUGUGGCGGUAUAUAUCGCAAACUUUGAUUACGAGCACACUUUUCAAGUGAUAUUUAUUGCACCGGAGCUACGUUAUAUAUCACGAGCAUUUCAAGUGGUGAUACGAAGCGAAUGUGAGGUAAGUGAUAUAAUUACUCUUAAAAAUAAUGUCCUCCCGUCCUAAAAACGGCAUUAUAAUCGCACAUUAUUGUUUUAAAUAUAGUACGAUGUAAAGCGAUGAAGUUAAACGAAAACAAUUGUUUUAGGUUAGCGUGUGUAUAUUUAACACGCAAACAUUAUUCUUAACAUGCUAUUUCUGUUUAUUAAUUGUACCAUGAAAUCAUUGUUUUCAAUGCAUAGUUUGUGUGGAAUAAUUAUGAAGUGGUUUAAAUACGAUCAAAGUUCUACACAAUGGCCUUUGCUGCCUUUCUGCUAGCUAUCGAACUGGAGGAGAAGGCAGAGAAGAUUGUUAAGAACCCAUCAAAAUCCCUUCGAAUUGCCAGAUUGCACCCUCAUAGCAGUUGGAAAACCUUAGAAAAUGAAGAAACAUGAAGAAACAAGCUAUGCAAUUUAAUAAAUACUUUGUUAUCAAGUUUGUUGCAUUUAUUAAAUAAAUUGUGAAAUGAAAAUAGUGUUCACUCAUUUCCAUGUUACUUUUGAGUAUAACUUGGAUAUUAUAUUAAACACAUGUUAACUUUUUGUUUUCUGGUUUCAGCAGAUGAUCUCAUUGUCCUGAGAGAGUUGGCAGUGGCUUUUUUGAACCAUUGUUUUUUUUUUUGUGUGUAAAAAAUAGAUACAAUGAAUCAUUUAAUGAUAGGUUGUUAUUUAAAGUAAAUCUCAUACAUGGGAAAUUGCUUGUGUGCUGCUUCAUGUUUACAAGUUUAUUAUUUUAAAAUUUUGCAAUUUCAGACUUUGGUUUGGUUUUAAACGAAAAAUAUUUACACAGAGUGUAUUAUUAAAAUCUCAAUUAUUUCCAUGGAUGGUUAUAAUUAAACAAUUAUUAAUAUUAACUAUUAAUAGCCUGUCCAAUAAAAAAAAUCAAUGCACAUGUCUGCAAGGAAUCUUGUAUGCAAAAAAUGAUUUCUUAACACAAUAUUUUCUCAUAAUUGGCAAUUUUAGCACGUGCCUCCAGCAUGCCUUUUAUUUUUUCUUUAAGUUCUUUGAUACAUUUUUAAUAAAAUUGCUUGUUACCAUUUCAGAAGCACAUAUUCCCAAUGCUUCUCAUCAGCUGCCAGCUAUCUUUCUUGAAUGCUGCUCAACUGAUCAUAUAUUUUUUUUAUUAUUUUUAAAUUGUACUAUUGAUCAUUACCAGUAUGAAUUGUAUAGGUUACACUAGGUAUCAUAGAGGCAGAGUUAUAAUAAAGGAGGUGCUAAUAACAAAAUACACAUUCUAUAAAGUAUGCUGAAUAAAAGUAUUAUCAAGGUUUUUCCAGUCAAAGAUUUCACAAUGCUUGUAUAUAAGCAUUCUUUACUUUUUUUGUGUAAACAAGAUAUAACAUGGAAGAAUUUAAUUAGUUUAGCUGACUAUCAAUGCAAGUUCCAGCAGGUAACACUGCUUGUUGUUGCCAGUGAGCCCAUUUGUAUACAGUAUAGACAUUGUUUCAUGUGGACGAAAAUAAAAAAAAUAUUUUUUUUAACUAAUUUUUAUUAUUGUAAAUUUAGAAUCAAUGUAGGUAUGUUUAUUGAGACUGUGACAUUUACAAACAAAUUAAAUGACACACAUUGCAUUUAGCUAGAUAAUUCAGGAACAAAUAUUGACUGAGUAUGAUUCAUCUUGCGAUAAAGUUUGGUACAGCUCCAUUCCUUGCACCUCCCCAGUCAACACUCUGCAUCUUAUGAAUUAUCAUCACUCACUGUUCUUAUCUUUCUAUUUAUCAUCAGAAUAACCAAUAACCAUUAAAUCUGUGCUUAGAUGUGUGUGAAUAUUAAAAUAAGCAAUUUUUAUAAAAGUUUAACCAGAAGCAAUUUUUGAGCUAGUAUUUAGAGAUCAAAUGUUUCUGAAAAUAUGUGAUGAAGCCUUUGAACAGCUUAUUUAACUAUAUUAAGUAAAAUUUAACUUAAAUAAAAGACUCAAUACAGUAAAUUAAUAUAUAACUGAUUGUGACUGAUGGCCAUUAUUACAAAUAUGCAUAAAAAAACUCUUAGGUUUCUUGGCUAUCUUAUGAAAACACAAGGAUUGUAAGAGGUCUUGUUUUAAUAAUGAACCUACCAGGGGUAUAUGCAGGGGCAAGAGGAAUAUAUGCCUCCCCCAAAAUCCUAAAAGAAAAAUCUAUAUUCCCCCCCCCACCCCCCCCCCCCAAAAAAAAAAAGCCAAAAGCAGGCUAAGUGCUUCUAUACCACUUUCCUCCUACCCAUCCCCCUUCCUCCCUCAUAACAAAAUUCUGCAUACACUUCUGAGUAGAACAACUUUAAUUUUUUUUUAUUUUUAAUAUGAACUAUUAACACUUCCAUGUUCAUGCAAGUCAUUUUUUUGUGUUUCAUUUUAAAUGUAGCACACCUCCAAUUUCUCUCUGUCAACUUUCAGGUAUCUUAACUACUUAAUAUUCACCACUCUUAUUUUAAACCCACUACACCAAUCUCAAACAACAAAAUUGGAAGCAUACCAGUAUUGAAAAAAAUAUAUAUUUCAUUUUCAAAUAAAUAUUUGGAAAAGUAUAGGAUAAACAAAAUGCAUGACUACCACAAUAUAAUGUCUACCAAAGGUUGAGGGACAAAACCACCUUCUAGAAUCUACAUCAUUCCCAAUGAUGAUGCUGUACCGAAGAUUUGGAUAAUUCUCUGGUCAAGGCUGCUCAGAAAUAUAACUUGGAUAAUAUUGCCAGCUGUUAUCUUAGCAGCUCUUUUUAUUGCAGCAUAUAUCAUGUUGAUCCAUUACUGAAUUUAAAAAAAAUGGAUUAAAUAAUUGGUAUGCAUGUACAUCAGAAAUUGUUCAAACUGAAUAUUAUUUUACAUAUUAAACCAUCAAUUUCUAAACUUGCUGAGAAAAAGUAAUCUAUUAAUUUAUCUUAAUGGAAAAAGGGGGGGAUAAUUAAAAUUAUUGAAUAUUUCAAGACAGUUUUUAAAAUAAUUGCAGCAUAUUAAUAAUUUACAUACAUGUUGGAUCAUUAACCAACUUGAAUGCCAUCUUGAAAACAAAGUUGUUUACUCAGUACUUACUCAGUACUUACUCUAAUUACUCAGUACUUAGUUUCACUUGUUUAAGUCAUUGGUGAGAAUAAAUUAAACAGCAAUUAAAAAAAAACAUAGCAAUGAACUUUCAUAUCCUCAGAUUAUAAAAAAAAACUGUUCUUACACUGAAAAUUUUCAAGAACUGUUCCAUAAUAACUGUUUAAAAUGUCAAUCUUUUUAAAUUGAACCAUUAUGGACCUAAUUUUAUCCUUAGAAUAUGCAACCCAACACACUGAAGAGUUUAAAACAGACUUAAAUAAAUGAAAAUACAAAAAGUAGCCCAUAUCUUCUCCAUUGUAAUUGAAGGCUGCUGCUUACAUAAAAAUUGUAAAGCAAUAUUCACUAAAGAAAAAAAAAUAAGAAAACUAAUAUUUUGCCAAUGGUCAAUGGUUUUUAAUGUCCCUAAACGUUUGUUAAGCCUCUUUGCCAGUUAAAUCCACAGAUACAUGCAAGCUUCACAUUCAUUAUUUGAAGAAAAAUUGGCUGCAAACACUCUGUGGCUCUUAAUAAACCACACCAUGAUUUCUGUUGGGCAGCAGUAACUUUACCAGUGCCACUCUAAGGCUUAUUUUAACUGAGAACACAAAUAUUCAACACAGUGUCCUCUUUAAAAGCGGCAUGUGCACUCUAAUCCAGAAAACCACAAAUUUAAAUAAUUUACUGUAAUUAAACCUUACUAAGUGUACGAAGGGAGUAAAAAAUGUUUGAGUGACCUAUGAUAUAAAUAUUAGCAAAAUUAUUUUUAUUUACGAAUGGUACUAAUAUCUUGGAAACAUUGUUUCAAAACACUUUUAUAUAAAAUCCACGAAAGCACAUGAGUAUUAAAAUAUAUUUAUAAAAUUUUAACUGAUUAGAUUACAUAAACUAAAAAGCUCACCGCUGGAAAUAUGUUAAAAAGUGUUGUUUUUAUUAGGUAUGCUAAUAACCACUUAAAUAUAUCAUUAACUACAUAUAUGUAUAACUUUGAAGUAUAAGGUUAUGUUUUUACACAAGCACACCAAACUUGACUAAAUAUUUUUUAAAUUCCAUUCUUCAUAUCAUAUCAAUAAUAGGUAAAAUAAAAACAGACACGGGUUCGUGGUAAUUAGUUGUUCCUUUAAUUUUGUAACUUGUAGAGUGGCCUCAUUUUCAUUCUAUUGAAGUUUAAACAUGCUUCUCGUUCGAUGUUUAUGUUUACAUGGCAAGACGCAGUUAGCCACAAUGACGAUGCAAAAUCUUUAACUGCAUUUUUAAUUUAAACUUCUACGAAAAAGGCAGCAAAAUAGCUUUAAAGACUUUAUUUAAGAAAUUAGUGCAUUAAAAAAGUUUAUUUUGUUCCCAGUAACACUAAGUAUUCAUGAUUCAUUUACAUAAUAGUCUGUUCGACGAACAUAUUAAUUGUUCAAUUGUUGCUUGUCCUCUGACGUCAUGGAUGCAUAUUGCAAGGUGGGUCGUAAUCACCAAAUGCGAUACGUGUUUCGUUACCGCGUGAAGAAUAACGCUAGUCGUCGAUGGUGUUCGUAAUCAGCCCGCAGGACCGCUGCCGGCCGACGAACGAGUGAAGCGGCCUGCUAACUCACGGUAAACAAAUGGGCGGGUCGGAGGAGGAGGAGGAAAGAGGGAGGGGAAGGGAAGGAGGGGAGGGUGAGUGAAGGGAGGGGAAGGUAGGGAGGAGGAAUAAGAACGGACUAGAAGAAUGUGGCCAUUCUUCAACCCCCUUUCCUAAAGUGGCCCUGCCUGGACGCGGAGAACAUGAUGAACAGACAUUGUGUGCUUGAAAGAUCGGCGAGGUUCAGCAUAGGAGCAGUAGCUGCCGUCGAUGGAUCGGGCGUGAGGAUCUCGUCCUCGACAUGAUUUGCUGGAACUGCAGAGAAGUCGUGCUCAAGUCCAGAGAAACUCCGACGUGUCGCAUCCUUCUGGCCAGGGAGGGGGGGACUCCAGUCGGAACCGAAGAACGCAGCCGAGGGAGGCUGUCUGAGUUAUAGCCCGAAGACAGUUCCAUCACCAAGAGCUCCGAGACCGCAGGCGGCUCACGGCGGUGCAGGGGCACUCAGCCGGAGCCACUAUAAACAGUCUCAAAAAACACGCAGGAGGAAGAUAACUCAGGCCUCCUCAGGGCAACCAGCCAUCAGGAAUAGAGAAGCAGUGAAGCGAAGAUAUCGUCCCAGGCAGGGAGCCACAAAGAAGAAAAAAAAAGGAGGGGGGGGUUGAUGCAGAUGUCGCCCCGCAGAGACGUCUCCCGGUGAGGUGCUGAUGAUGAUGACAGCGCAUGGCUAGGAUGACCUGAAAGGGGUAAGGGGUAGGGAACCAGACAAGGAAUGCCCAUCAAAAAACAAAAAAACAAAAACAAACAACAACAAUAUAAAUAACUAGCAACACACAAUGAUCCUCGAGGAUCACAAGUAUAACAAUUACAAUAAUAAAAAGAUGUGCACAUCAUGAAUACAAAGCAAAAAUACAGGGUUAGCUCUUACAAAUUAUCCCACAAAAGGCUUAAGAUGUGAUACAUGAGAUUUCCUAAACCUAUUCUUACGUUGCAAAUCCUUUAACAACAAUGUAUUAGGUCCUAAAACCUUAUUAACAAUAAAUGGCCCUUCAUAAGAGGGCAAGAGUUUACAAUUUAUUUUGUUUGACAAGCUUGGGAGAGUAAAUGACUUACACAGUACCUUGCUGCCCACCUGAAAAUCAUGAAUAGUCCUACCCUUAUUGUAAGAGUUCGCGACGGCCUGACAGGCCUUCUCAAGAUUACAAGAGACAGUAUCCAAAACAAGUUCUAACUCCCGAGCGUCCAGACUGGCGUCGACGGGGGGCAGCCCCCACUGGUUUAAUAAGGGAUGAGUGAGUUCUCGACCCAAAAAAGGAAUGGAUGGAGGGCAACCGGAAGCUGAAUGGACAGCGGAAUUCAGUGUCACAUUUAAUCAAUUCCAGAUCUGAAUCCCACAGAGUCUGAUCGGCACGGUAAAAAGAUGUAAGGAUACCCUUGAUUACCUUAUUGACACGUUCAACCUGGUUUCCCUGAGGGAAGUAAGGCGAACUGUAGACAGCUUUGACGGCCCAAUCAAACAGAAAAUCCUUGUACACAGAAGAUUGAAAGUAGGGAGCAUUAUCGGAAACAAUGAUAUGAGGAGGUCCAAAAAACUUAAACACCUGGUUUUUGAGAGCAUUAACAAUGGAAACAGAUUUCAUGUUUUUAAGAGGUAAGAGAAUAACAAAUUUAGAAAAUAUGUCUAAAACAACUAAAAGGCAUACAUUGCCUUUACGUGAGCGAGUUAGGGGCCCAAAGAUGUUGACGUGAAUAACGUGCCAGGGUGCCACAGGAGGAUCAGCUGAAUAAAGUCCCAUUUUAGAAUUAUGAGCUGGUUUCGAAACCUGACAAUCAAAACAAGACCUGACAUAGUCUCUAACAUCAGAAUUAAGCUGAGGCCAAAAGAAAUGAGCUGAGAUUCUUCGCUGAGUUUUAUCAAUACCUAGGUGACCACCUACUAAGGAAGAAUGGAAAUUAGCAAUUACCAUAGGUCUGAGAGAAAGUGGAAUAACGACCUUACGUGCCCUACUGGAGGAUCCAGUAAAAAAAAUAAGACCUUGUUGUCACAUUUUCCUAAUUUGGGAGUGAUAACAUCCGCAAAUUUCUGUCUAAGGCUCCUUUCACACUAUCCGGUUUUUUCGCCGUCUGGGAACUGGACGGCAGCGAAGUACAUUGACGGGAAUGGGAGCUUUCAUACUACGAACCUCCGGCAGUUUCGCCGUCCGGCUGCCUGAUGACUCGCCGGAUUGCCACUACAAUCGUCCGGUCGCCGGACGGCGAAAUAGCCGCAUAACUGCGUAGUAGUUUACUGCGCAGUAUUGGAGCGUUCACACUUUCCGGCAGUUUGCCGUACAGUACAUCCGGCGGUCUUCAGCUCAUGAGAAGUGUUGUUGCAUAGUUGCAUAGAAAUGAGUGAUCUUGACAUCGACGUGGACAAAUUAAUAUGUUUAGUUCACGAAAGGCCUGUUUUGUGGGAUAAAACAAUGGAGAUUUACAAGGACAGAAACCUCACAAGAGAAUCAUGGCGCCAAGUUUGUGUCGAGUUUGUUGGGGAUUUCGACAGUAAAACACCUUCCGAAAAGAAGAGUAUUGGUAAGUUAAUUUCGCCAUUAGUUAAAUUUUAAAGAGAAGUUGGAAAUUAGAAAUAAGUACACAUUCUUGAGAUACGAAACGUAUGUAGCCAACAAUAUGUUUUUAAAGGAUAUCCAAAUUUUAACAAUUAAGUUUUCCCAACAGUUUUACACAUCAUUUCUUAGCACUGUUGUAGGUAGCACAUAAUAAUUAUAGGCUGAUGUUGGUUGCAGUAGAUAUAUUUUGGUUCUUCCGCAAAAUCAAUGUUAACAUUCAGUGGUCGAUGGAAAAUUCUCCAUUUAUUGGUCAGUAUCCCGAAAGAACAUUCCACAUAUCUUCUUGCUCUGCUGAGCCGAUAAUUGAAUACCCUUUUUCUUACAUCAAGAUGAACGCCUCCAAAAGGACGGAUGAGCUUUGUCGACAAAGGAAAAGCUUCAUCUCCCAAAAAGAAGUAAGGUACUUUAGGCGAUUCACUUCCAUACAAAGGUCUUUCAUCUGGCAGUAAAAUCUGACCACUGUCUAAACCUUUCCACAAAGAAGAUUGCUUGAAAAUAGAAGGGUCACUUUCUGAUCCGUAGGAACCAAUGUCGACGUAUGUAAAUCGAUAGUUUGCAUCAGUAACAGCUAGUAUUACUAUAGAAAAGUAACCUUUAUAAUUGAAGUACAUUGACCCACUAUCUUCUGGCUUUAUUACUCUGACAUGCUUCCCGUCUACUGCGCCGAUACAAUGCGGAAAAUUCGCUUUCUUCUCAAAAUCAUUUGCAAUUGCUUCAUAUUUUUCCUUGCAUAGUUUUGGAAUGCAUUGUUCAUGAAGAAUGGUCCAGAUUGCAGAACAAACAUUUCUGACAAUUUUGCUUAUUGUUGAUACUCCCAUUCUAUAUGAAUAAUGUAGGUCCAUGAAAGUGCAUCCACUGGCUAGGUACCUAGAAUUAUAAUUAAUUGUUAAUAAAACAUUACAUUAAGAAACACAAAAAGACAUCAUACAAAUGAUCAUGUCAUAUUUAAAAACAAAAUAACUCUAACAAUGUAAUUUCUCUUUCAGGGCAACAAAUCAUGAAGAAAUGGAACAAUAUAAGAGACUCUUGGAUGAAAACGAAUAGAAAACUCAAAGAAGGCCAAAAAUCUGGUUCAGGUGCUAACAAAAUCAGAAAAUACAUAUAUCAUGACGAAUUGAUGUUUUUGAAAAAAAUAUGUGAACAUCGGCCGAGUGAUUCUAGCUUUGAGGCAGAAGAACGCAAUAUUUCACAGAAGAAUACUGACAACCUCCCAGAUAACAGUACAUCAGAGACAUUUACUGAAGAACAGGGUUAUGAAGAAGCAGACGCAGCAGUGGAACAGCAAAUAAUUCCCACUGAAAAGACAACCACGCAAAAGCGAAGUGAUUCAGGGACUUCUGUAAAUGUAGACACUUCCACGGCUCAAGGUAAUAAGGGACGAAGAAAAAGGAAGCUCGACGAAUUUGAAACACGAAUGCUAAAGGCUGUGGAAGAAACCAUCAGUCCCGAAGACCCUCAUUUAAGCUUUUUUAAAGGACUUUUGCCAUCAAUGAAAAUGUUAACAAAUGAACAAUUCAUUGAUUUCCAGAUGGCAGUGUUACAGGCACUAAAGGCUGUUAGUUACCAAAAUGCUACUAUGACUGUUCUUCCUCCUAGACAAGGCUUGGACAUUCAAGGAGUGCCCAUUUAUCAUAAUUAUACCCAUGUGAGUCCACCUAAUUUUAACCAUUACCCUCACUCGUCCACUCAGUUUUCGCAACCUCAAGCACGCUUUGAACCUAGUGUUAUACAUACGACUCCUCAGCAGCAUACGUCUAAAACAGUCUUGCCAGUACAGACCUCCCAUUCUGUUGAUUCAGCAACUCAAAAUGAGUCGAAGACACCUUCACCUGCUGAUUUGACUUUAACAUGUUUGUCAGAAAUGCAAGAUAUUGAUUUUUAGUGUUACUUCUACCUAAUUAUGCUAUGUCAUAAUACAAACAGAAUUUAAGCAGAAAUAUGCUCUGAUACUUUUUAAAACUAUUAUAUUAAUCUCAAAGUUUUUGAAUUAGAAUUAAAGCGUGUUAAUUUUUUUAUAAUUGUUAAUUUUUCUGUAAUUAUUAGAUUAUUAUUGUUUUGUUUCGGACUAGAUAUUUCUCAUUCAUAUUUACUGAACUAUUUUUAAUUGCUUUAAAUAAUAAUUUUUUCAGAAGUCCUGUUUAUUGCUUAAAAAAUUGUAAUUUUUAUAGAAACAUGUUUUAGGGUUUUCCAUUAUUUUAUUACUUUGCAACAAUACUCACCGGAGUGAUACAGCUAGCAUUUCUAUGGGCUGAAUACAGUUUCUUAGCUUCGUGUUUUGACGCUGCAAAUGAACUUUCAGAAGACCAUGAAGUUCAUCGAAUGUUGUCACUGACAUCCGAAAAAUUAAAAAAUUAAUCUUCAUCUUGUCUCAGUUCUUGAAAUAUACAAAAUGCUCCUUUUUCAUCUCUUCUCACUAACAGAGGAUGUAUCCAAAACCGUCUAUUUCGCUUUUUUUUUACGUCUUUGGACCAAACUUAGCACAGCGCAUAAUUUCUGCCGUCUGUCCAUGGCUGCAACAACUGAUGAAAUACCGGACGAAUAUUGUGUAGUGUGAAAGGGAUGAAAAAAUUUUCCUUGUCCGGCAGUAUUGCCGUCCGGUUCCCGGACGGCAAAAAAACCGUAUAGUGUGAAAGAGGCCUAAGGGCUGAAAGAGCUUGCCCCCGAUCGGAGUGACAGGACCGACUACACUGUAAGACAAUGGAACUGUUAUUCUGAAUUCUCAGAGCUAUUUUACAAGAAGGAGCAAAGGCAAAUGAAAGCUCGCGUCGAUCUAAAUCUAAAACGCAGCGGGUUUUACUCAAAAAAUCAAGGCCGACAAUAAAAUUAGGCGAGACACCGGGGACAACUAUGAAUCUCCAAUCCCACGAGAAAUGCUUGAUCUUGAAAUGUAUGACAACUGAUUUGCACGAGCGUAGGCACUCACCAUUAGCAACACAAAUAUUAGCAUAGUCCUCUGAGGAGACACGGGAAGAAAGAGCUGGAAAGAGACUAAGCAAUUGUUGCAAAAAAGUUUCACUAAUCACUUGAGCGGGAAGCACCAGUAUCCACAAGGGCAGGAAACAACCGAUCGCCGAUGGACACUGACAAGAAAUGCAAAAAUGAAGAAGAGGUUUUUCUUUUAAGACGACAGAGCCGGCCUCUUUUCCGCCCCGUCAUGCGGAGUUUAAAGGGCAAUUGACUCUAUAAUGCCGCAAGGCUUUGCAGGAGAAGCACUGCCGGCUAUUAAUGUCUACACGUGGCUGGGAGCAAUCCUCGGUAAUGUGUCCAAAGACACAACAGUUCGCACACCGAGCGCGUGUAUGGGCGGGCUGAGGAAUGACUGAGGGCUGCUUUUUAUUGCGAGGAGGAGUUAUAUUUCUGGAGCCGCGCCUAGGCGCGCUCAUGAGACGCGCCUCGACCUCGCUGCCCCAUGCACGCAGAGACUUGAAAGUAGUAGGUGGGGAAAGCAUACUACACGAACUGAAAACAUGAGGACCAAAAUUUCCUAAAAUAAGCUGCACGAGCUCAGCUUCAGGAGUGUCAAUCUCUAGCACAGUAGCAAAGGCCAAAACGCUAUCAAUAAAUUGAGACACAGGCUCGUCAGGUCGCUGGAAGCGAAACACUAGAUCACGCUUACAAGCAUCCAUGACGCGAGGAGGGCACACAUCAUGAAGAACAGCUAGUUUGAAGGCUCGCAAGUCCCCCUUUUGAACGAUAAUAUCUGUAAGUUUUGUCACAUAAACACCACAACACUUCGUCAGCAAGGCCUUUAAAAGGGCGUCGGGGGGUACCAGGGCUAACUUGGCAACACGAUCCGCCUCACAGAAAAAUUCUAAGAUGUGUUUGGGAUCGGUACCAUCAAGGGUGGGUAAGGACUUCAGAACAGAAAAGAACAAUUUUUGAGCGAAGGGGUCUGACGAACUUUCACUCACGUCCAGUGUUGACCGCGCCGCACCGUCGCCAGCCGGGAGCUCACCCGAACUGCGCAUGAAUUUAACGAGCUUGGUACGCAUCGCUGCCACGGUGUCCCCAUCUUCCACCUGGAGCUGGUUCUCCUCCAGAUAUCGGAUCAGUUCAUCCCGGUGGAGGCGGUAGAUCCAGGAAACAGUUGAGCCACUCAUGAUGUUCAGAUGUUCAGGAAACACAAGUACUAAGUGAUUAACUGCCUAAGCAGAUUAGCGCAGAGUUGAACCAGGUGGGGCAAUAGUCACCCACCUGACUGCCUCAGACGUCACAAGACACAAUUAAUACAAGACAAAGGAGAUAAAUAAAUAAAUAAAUAUAGCAGAAAUCUAUUUGUAUAAUCUGAACAACAUCAUUAAUUAGUACAUUCGUUAACACUGAAAAAUACUGAAUACAUCAUUAAUACUGAAAUGGCACAUUCCUAUAAGAAAAGAGUGCUUUACAUAACAUAAAACACGCAAGUAUAACAGAUUGUAAAGUCAACAAUAAUUUAACAUUUAAAAAAAAAUAAAAGACAAAUUAUAAUUACGAGUCGCCCCUGUGUACCUGGUAAGGCGUGGUAACAAUCCAAUAAAAACACGAGAUGAUGAAUCAAAAGGGGCAGAAGGCCUGAAUCAUGCUGCCAAGCAAGUGGCCAGACAUCAGAAUUAAUCAACGCACAUUCGGCCGCAGGGCGAAAGGCGCAAAACAAAUGGGCAUGACGAGCAAAUACGUCUUACCAGACACAGGGGCGACGAGAACCAGGACCGCUGCCGGCCGACGAACGAGUGAAGCGGCCUGCUAACUCACGGUAAACAAGUGGGAGGGGGGAAGGGGAGGCAAGGAAGGUUUAGAAGGCCGGAAGCAUCUGGAAGGUCGGAGGAGGAGGAGGAAGGAGGGAGGGGAAGGGGAGAGGAAGGAAAGGAGGGGAGGGCGAGUGAAGGGAGGGGAAGGUAGGGAGGAGGAAUAAGAACGGACUAGAAGAAUGUGGCCAUUCUUCAACAUGGCAUUUGAGGGGUUCGUCUUCUAACAAUUGCACACAAUUUUCUUCAUUUUGUACAGUAGUCUGUUGUAGCUGUACACACGCAUCAUUUAAGGACUGCGGCCAUAUUUCAUUGGAAGAACCUUCAACUUAACCCCUCCACAGACGUCAAUGUACUCUCAUUUGGAGGCAAGAGAGUGGGGACUGCUCCCCGAAUCAGGAAAAGCUUAUGCUCAUCUGUGAAUUGACUGGCAUCAAAAUGAACUUCACCAAUGAAGGCAUGUAAAGCAUUAAGAGUUGUUGGUCCAGAAAAUGUGGUCCAUCUCUGAUAUCUGUAAGAGAAAAUAACAAAGCAUUACAAAUACACGCAUUAUAGGCUUGUCCAAAAUUGGCAUGGUUGAAAUAACAUAGGUUGCACAAUAUAGGCUACUCCUAACUAAAUAAUUAACAAUGUUCGUAAUUAUGCAAAAAAAAAAUGCAAUGGCGAGCGGUGGCGUCCCGCGGGCCUUAGGCCUCUACAGGUCCUCGCAGCUCGCCUUGUAGAACGUUACGUUGCCCGUUUCUAAGUCGUUACAAUUGAGGGUUAGUGUGGGGAGUGGGGACAAGAAAACAGUUUAUCCACUAGGCGGCAGCCCAAUUUAAACUAUAAACUAUAAACAAUUUAGAACCAUGGAUAGAGUCAAAGAUAUGAAAAAGACUUAAUAUAAACAGUAAAUUAAAUACUAGCCUACACUUUUCAACAUCGGUCUUGCCUCGGGGAAACGGAAAAAAUCAUUGCUCUUCUGGUUUUGAACGACAGCAUCUUACUGCACAUUUUUGCCCAUAGGCAUAUCGUCCAGACAUUUUUAUCUUUUCACGUUUUCUUGCUAACCAAAUAUUUUUAAAUGAUUUCUAAUUUACCAGCAGCAAGUUGUUUACCACUAAGCACAACAUGGCGCCAGCAAGUCCAACCAUGCGAGUCAAAUAUAUCCUACUUAUUUUAGCGGAGUAUUUUCAAAGCAAAUUAUUUUUAUUAUAAUACUGAAUAAUUUUAAAAAUUGAUGUAGAAACUUCGUUACAAGUACAAGUAGCUAUGCUAUACUUAUUUGAGUUUUAGUGUGAUAUUGCUUUUAGCGACGUCACCUGUAUCACGGCUAAUGACGAACUAACAAAAAAAAAGCGGCAUCAUAAAAAAAAAACCUGUGCAACAAUUUCCUAUUACAGUUUCCUCCCCAUGUUUUAGACUAACGAUCAAUCUAUACCCAGAGAUUAGAGAAAGUUACAGAUGGAACAUAAAUUAGCUAUGGUGAGUCCGAGUAGGUUUCGCCAUUCAGGUUCCAAUAUGGCGGGUGGUUGUUUUGAAUUUCAGUCAGCUGAUUAUGUUUAGGAUGGCGAAAUGCUGUAAUAAAUAUGAAUUAUGUAGAUUUCUGCUAUUACCGAUCUCAUUAAUGACUUCUGACAGUAAAUGAUAAAAUUAUUAGACUUUGAUAAGGUAUUAUCAAUGCUAAUGUCGGACAGAUCUGUUGUAAUUUGCUGUAGUAAGUACUUGAAGCUGUUACGUCCGUAGGAUAAUGUAGCCUACUGUUAAAUCGUAGUGUUUAUUUUUAACCAAUUAUUCAGGCUGAAUUGAGUUCGUCCACCAGUUCCAUCGGCAUGAAAAUUCAGCUGUGCACCAAAUCAACAUAAACGUUUUAAAGAUAUCUGCAACUCAACCCCCCCCCCCCCCCCUAAUUGGUUUCUACAGUUUCAUUAAUAUUUUACUGCUCCCAUCCUAAGAAAUACCAUUGCUAGUAAUGACUAUUUAAAAAUUACUUGCACUUACCCAUUAAACCAGAAACUUACUUACCCAGUUUGUAACAUAGCCUACAUGUCAUAAAAUUAUGGGCUUUACUGUGUGUAUACAGUAUAACUUACAUGCAGUGCAAGAGGGACUACCGACAAAAAAAGGCCUGGAUUGUUUCAAAAAUAAAGUGAAGUGGCUGUUACAGUACUAUUCUUACAUAUGUUACUGUGUGUGCAGUUAAAAUGUGAGGUCUAAUAACAUAGGCAAACUAUAUGUAGGCUAAUUUCUUAGUAUAUAGGCUGAAUACUUACCUUUAUAUUAGCUUGUUAUCCAAUUUUCAAUACUAACUAGGUAGCAGAUAAUAUUUUCCACGAGCAUCCAAAUUUGAAGUAUAAUUAUUCUUCAAAGCAACAAUGCAAACUACAAGUUGCACUCUGUGCAAAUUGCACAUGCCUUCCAUACCCUUCCUAAACCUACCACAACCCCUCUCACAGUAACCAAUUACUUCUGUGUUACAUUCCACUCCUGUACUUACAGUCCUCACAAGCAUAAAUUGUCUACUCCUCUUCAUUUUCCUUCAAGCCCUCUGAAUCUUUUUGUUAUUGGUCCCUCUCCCAUUAACAAUCCUGUACUUAGCUUGCAGAGCAACAUUUCCCAUCCACCCUAACCAUUCAUCACCAAAUACACCCUGACCAGUCUUCUAUUCUCCUCCUGUCUUUCAAUGUUUUCCAUCUCAGUUUCUUCAUCAUCCUACUUAGUAGGCUUUAAGUUCAUUUACUUUUAUGGAAACCAAUGUUAAUACUUAAAUAAAAUAUUUAAAAAAAAAAAAA